AUGGCUGCACUCCUUAUUUCCCCGGCGCGCGCUCUGUCGUCGGAGGAGCCAAGCACCGACGUGGCCGACACCUUUUCCCACGUCGCGUCUCUGAGUUCCACACCACCCACUACCGUUGGCGAUGGCAUGAGCAUCACUUCAGAAACAUCAAAGCAGGAAAUCACUGUCGAGUCUACACAAAUCGAUAUUGUCGUCUCAACCCACAAUCAUGUCGCGACUAUAUCUGCCCCCACUUCCGACCAAAUCCUGGCGCCUCAAGUAGAGCUCAAUGUCGAAGCGACCGCCGCGCUUCUCGAGAACGAUGUGCCGGCUACGCCCAGCACUGAUGCACCACCCAUGCUUGACACUUCGACCCCAGAAUCAUCGCGACCUCGAAGACAAAGACAUAGUCUGCCCGUGUACAACUUGGCAAAGCUCAGCGGUACUGCUGUGCACGGAAAGAGACGCGCCAAUGGCGAUAUAGUCAAUGAGAAGAAGCGCCGCACCAUCUCCGGCCCUUUGCCCGUCGAUCCCCAGCAGGAACAGGACGAGUCGCCCGCCCACCCUGAUGUCGAGGCACUCACCAAGGAGGCACCCAGCAAAAAGGCGCCCAAGAAAGAAGUCAGCGCAUCGCCAAUGGUAAAAAGUGCAAAGAAUUCGAAAAAGCGCGCUCUGUCCCCAGAGCCUAGGCGCGCCACGCGUUCGACUGGCUUGCAGGCCGAGACGCUGGCCACCAAGCUUUCCACCCUUGGCAAGCGCGGUAAGAAGAAUUUCGUGCAGAAUCUUAGCAAGAUGUCGCGCGAAAUGCGCAGACUGCAAGAUACCAAUGAAUUCUCGGGAAUCGAUGUAAAGCCCGUCCUCUACACGACUUGGGCUAAGGGCAAGUUCGUUAACCCGGACGCUGAGCCCCCGGCCAAGAAGCAGAAGAAGGCUGCCCAGCCUGUAAAGGAUGAUAUCCCAGAGGAGCUGGCCGCGGUUCCCGAGAUUCCUGCACCGCAGCGCAAGAUCAAGAAGUGGAUGACACAUGGUCUAUACUCUGGCCAGGACGGCCCACUCGACUACUCGAGACACCUGACUCCUAAUGAGAAGAAGGCCCUGGUAGAUCUGCCCGAGCUCAUCCCAAGCCAAACGGUGAACACGGCCCUACCGAUGCCGAUAUUCAAUGGCCUCAGACAGUUAAUUCAAGGACGCGACUACAAACUACCUUUUGAUAUCUGCAACCCUCUGCCAUCCGGACAACCCAAGCCUGCUUCUUGGAAACUAAUGACCAGGAACCGCUUCAUUGGAGAAGCUGGGCCGCUCUGGAAGAAGUCUCCUCACUUCAAGGACUACCAGUCCAAGUGUGUCUGUACUGCCGAAGACGGAUGUGCCGAGUCCUGCCAGAAUCGUAUCAUGCUUUACGAGUGCGAUAACACCAACUGUAACGCUGGUGCGGCGACCUGUCAGAACCGUGCCUUUGCCAGAUUGCAGGAUCGCAUCAAGGCCGGUGGCAAAUACCGUGUCGGUGUCGAAGUCGUCAAGACCGAGGAUCGUGGCUUUGGCAUCCGUGCCAACCGCUGCUUCGAGCCUGGCCAGAUCAUCAUGGAGUAUACCGGUGAAAUCAUCACUGAAGAAGAAUGCGAGCGUCGCAUGGAGGAAAAGUACAAGGACAACGAGUGUUAUUAUCUGAUGUCCUUUGACCAAAACAUGAUCAUUGAUGCCACAAGAGGUAGCAUUGCUCGCUUUGUGAAUCACUCUUGCCAGCCCAACUCGCGCAUGAUUAAGUGGAUCGUGUCAGGCCAGCCACGCAUGGCGCUUUUUGCCGGCGAUCGACCCAUCAUGACUGGCGAAGAAUUAACUUAUGACUACAACUUUGACCCCUUCUCCGCUAAGAACGUGCAGAAGUGUCUCUGUGGAGCUCCCAACUGUCGAGGUGUAUUGGGUCCCAAACCAAAAGAGGUCAAACCGCCCAAGGCGCCAAAAGAAGAGCUCAAAAAGGCUGUCAAGAAGGGAUUGAAGGCCGGCAAGCGCAAGCUACAGGAGCUUCUAGGUGACAAUGCGGAUGGGGAAGCCGGCGCUGCCAAGAAGCGCAAGAUCAAGACUGCUACUGGCGUCAAAGCUAAGGGCUCCAAGGCGACUCCAGCAAAGGCGAGUCCAAAGGUUGCUCGCGCAAAGCUCCUCAAGAAGAGCGUAUCCAAAGUCUCGGUAAAAUCACCUCAGUCGGGCAAGAAAGUGGCCUCAGUCAAGCGCAUGUCUUCUAUAGUUAAGACCUAUACCAAGAGCAAGGCUGCAGGAAAGCUCUCUGCAACGCCAAAAAAGGCCACAGGAAAGAAGACGACCACCCCGAAAGGGACAGCCGCCCUCAAGAAGUCGCCAGCACGAAAAUCGGCUGGGACGAUUGUCGCUGCUGGUGCCGGCAACAAGAAAUCCAGCUCAGCAGCCAAGAAAAGCACAGUUGCCAAGGCCGACACCCCGAAGCGAGGUGUUGGCAGACCUCGCAAGCAACCGGGGGCAUCUGUCUCUCCACGCAAAGGAGUAGACAUUGCAAGAAAAGCCGUUGGCAUUCGGCUCGUCCAAUCGCCGUCAAAGGCGGCCCAGGGGGAGCACCGCACGGCCAUUGCCGAGGAGACGGCCGAAGCCGCUUAA